CCAGUCUCAAGCUCUAGUAGGGAAGGGUGUUCGGCGUGCCUGAUACCUGCCCGUAGCACUCUGAUUUUUGUCUUCCAUAUAUAUUAUUCAUGGACUGAAGAAACCAAAAUGGCUGAAGAGACAAAGCAUGGAGGACACAAAAAUGGGAGGAAAGGAGGACUUUCUGGAAGUUCAUUUUUCACAUGGUUUAUGGUCAUUGCAUUACUGGGAGUCUGGACAUCAGUAGCUGUCGUCUGGUUUGAUCUUGUUGAUUAUGAAGAAGUUUUAGGAAAACUAGGAGUCUAUGAUGCUGAUGGUGAUGGAGAUUUUGAUGUGGAUGAUGCCAAAGUUUUACUAGGCCUUAAAGAAAGAUCUGCUUCAAAGCCAACAGUCCCACCGGAAGAAGCUGAGCCAUACCCUUGGCUGGAGGAGCAGGUUAUUGAGGAUUCAGGACCUCAGAACACUGAAGAUGAAGUACAAGAAGUACAAAUUGAGUCCCUUCUCCAUGAGGCAGUAUACACAGAACAUGGAGACGAUGUGCAACAAGAAGAGGAUGGGCAAGUGAGAGAACCACAACCAGAAGAUGAUUUCCUUGUAGGAAGUGAUACAGAUGAUAGAUAUGAGCCCCUGGAGACUGGAACAUUUCAUGAAGAAACUGAAGAUAGUUACCAUAUAGAAGAGACAGCUUCACAGGCUUAUAAUCAGGAUAUGGAAGAGAUGAUGUAUGAGCAGGACAAUCCAGAUUCGAUGGAGCCAAUAGUAGGUGAUGAUGCAAGAACAUACCAUGAAGCAGAUGACCUUACAUACCAAGACUAUGAUGAACCAGUAUAUGAACCACCGGAAAAUGAAGGGCUAGAAAGUUCAGAUAAUGCUGGAGAAGAUUCAAACAUAAUUUUAGAAGAAGUAUACAUGCCCCCUGCGGAAGAACAACAGGAAGUACCCCCAGAAACAAAUAGAAAAACAGAUGAUCCAGAAAUAAAAGAAAAAGUUAAGAAAAAGAAGCCUAAACUAUUAAAUAAAUUUGAUAAGACUAUUAAAGCUGAACUUGAUGCUGCAGAAAAACUUCGUAAAAGGGGAAAAAUUGAGGAAGCAUUGAGUGCAUUCCAAGAACUAGUUCGCAAAUACCCACAGAGUCCGCGGGCAAGAUACGGAAAGGCACAGUGUGAAGAUGAUCUGGCUGAGAAAAGAAGGAGCAAUGAGGUGCUGCGCGGGGCCAUUGAAACCUACCAGGAGGUGGCCAGCCUGCCCAAUGUCCCCACAGACUUGCUGAAGCUGACAUUGAAACGGCGCUCAGACAGACAGCAAUUUCUGGGUCACAUGAGAGGCUCUCUGAUUACCCUACAGAAAUUAGUUCAACUGUUUCCUGAUGAUAUGUCUCUAAAGAAUGACCUUGGAGUGGGGUACCUCUUGAUAGGUGAUAAUAACAAUGCCCAGAAGGUCUACGAAGAGGUUCUGAACGUGACACCAAACGAUGGCUUUGCUAAAGUCCAUUAUGGCUUUAUCCUGAAGGCACAGAACAAAAUUGCCGAGAGCAUUCCCUAUUUAAAGGAAGGAAUAGAAUCUGGGGAUCCUGGCACUGAUGAUGGGAGGUUUUACUUCCACCUGGGGGAUGCCAUGCAGCGGGUUGGGAACAAAGAGGCAUAUAAGUGGUACGAGCUUGGGCACAAGAGGGGACAUUUUGCAUCUGUAUGGCAGCGCUCACUCUACAAUGUGCAUGGACUGAAAGCCCAGCCAUGGUGGACCCCAAAAGAAACAGGCUACACAGAACUAGUGAAGUCCUUAGAAAGAAACUGGAAGUUAAUCCGUGAUGAAGGCCUUGCAGUGAUGGAUAAAGCCAAAGGCCUCUUCCUGCCCGAAGACGAAAACCUGAGGGAGAAAGGUGACUGGAGCCAGUUUACGCUGUGGCAGCAAGGAAGAAAAAAUGAAAAUGCCUGUAAAGGAGCUCCUAAAACCUGUUCUUUACUAGAUAAAUUUCCUGAGACAACAGGAUGCAGAAGAGGACAGAUCAAAUAUUCCAUUAUGCACCCAGGAACUCACGUGUGGCCACACACGGGGCCCACCAACUGCAGACUCCGAAUGCAUCUGGGCUUGGUGAUUCCCAAGGAAGGCUGUAAGAUCCGAUGCGCCAAUGAGACCAAGACAUGGGAAGAAGGCAAGGUGCUCAUCUUUGAUGAUUCUUUCGAGCAUGAGGUGUGGCAGGACGCUACGUCUUUCCGGCUGAUAUUCAUCGUGGAUGUGUGGCACCCAGAGCUGACACCCCAGCAGAGACACAGCCUUCCUGCCAUUUAGCAUAUUGUGUAGGCUUGGGACACACGAGAGAGGCUGCCUUUCUGGCUCUAUCUCCUUGGGUAUAGGACUAGAGGUUCCAAGUUUGAGAAGCCUUAAUUUCCUUGAUGUGCAGCCCCCAAAUUCUAAGAUUCUUCCUAGGGUUAGAAGACACUAAAUGGGAUAUUUGCCUUGCUGCAGUUCAUGUAGAAAGCACCCUGCUGUACUUCCCCCCACAACAGCACCCAUCUGGUGCCGUAUUUCAGGUGAAUACAUGAUCCCUUCUGUCUUGUCAGCCAAAGAUACUUUUCCCCCUUAAAAGAGGCCUGAAUCAGUGUACAGUGAGAAUACAUGUAGAAACUGUGAAUGGAUCACUUUAGUUUGUAAUUUUUCUAUGCAGUUAUAUAUUUCUAGGGUAGCUGGGUGAUUUUGUCAUCACUUACCACUACUUUUUUGUUGAGUUUAAUAAUAAGCUGUGUAAAUGCCUUACUUCUUGCUGCUUAAUGGUAACUUCCCUCGUCAACUCAGACUUCCCUCUUCUAAUUAUCUUUAGUAAAAGACACCCAUAAAAAAGCAAUUUUAUUUUCCUAAUACGAAGGAGAAAGAUGUAAUUAUGCUGAUGUCUAGGAACUGUACUGCUUCCUACCCACUGAGUCUGUUUGCUUUUUUAGCUUCACUGAAAGCCAUUGUCUUCAUUUCUGUGCUCGCCAUGCAAAUGGUAGAGACUCUGUCUUCCCAAGAGAAGCUUUGCAUCCUGCAACAGGACAUGGAAUCAUUUUAUAUUGAGUCAUAGCAGUACCACAUGUACAUUUUUUAAUGCUAAGAAUUAGAACUUGAAAGAAAUUUCUCAAAGUAAACAUUUCCUCUCAGGAUCAGGUAAAUAGGUAGCUGCUAGGACAUCUGGCUCUUCCGCCUCUUUGCCAUCUGAGACAAGGCUGGAAUCCAGAGUCUCUUGGCCUAUUGUAGAUCCCUGUGAGCGAAGAGGUCCUUAUGUGUGUUCCCAUCACAAUUUUGUAAAAAUAUGAAGGAUGGCAAAGUGGAAGACCAAGCAAGAAUGCCAGGAUCUUAGUCCUGGGUUCAGCUUGUGUAGAUUGCCUUCUUCUUUGAAAGAGUUUGGAAGACUCUUCCAUUUCCUUGGCUGGAGAAACUUUAUGCCAUUUAAGCAUAGCUUUGAAGUAGCAACUGUUAUCCAUAGUUUAGCUUCAGUAUUACCCACAGCAUAGAAAUAACAGUUGAGAAAUUUUCAUGCCUACUUAUUCCAAAGAUGAUCAAAUUAUUGAGAAGAGUAUUAAUGCAUUAAAUAUUGCAUGUUUCCAAUCAAAACUAGACGUGUUAGCUAUAUGAAUGUAAUGAUAUUCAUGUACCUGAAUUUUAAGCCAAUAUGAACAAAAAUGCCGAAGAAAUGACAAAGAGGUUAUCAGAUUUCAUUCCCAGGGAGAAAUAAAUACUUGUGCUUCCUUUCCAUCUAAGGACAAAGGAGGAUGAUUUAUUUGCCUCUUUUGAAAAGAGUUCUUUACCAUUGAAAUGUAUCCUUUCUGCUUGACAAUAGCUUCCAGUUAGUAGGGUUUGCAAAAUAUUUGUCCUGUUCCCUUCUGUUUUGCCACAACAAUACCACUAAAAUACAUGAAGAAGAAUGUGAGGAAAGUCUCAAAAUUAAUUGCCAAGGUCCAGAAGAAAAAGCAAGCUCUUGAAAAAUAAAAAGGUGUCAUGUCCUUCAGUAUUUAUUGAACAGAAGAAAUGACUGACAAAGGACAAUACAAUCCAAUGCUCGUGUGAUAACAUUCAUGUCACUUAUUGAAUUUGGUUCUUGUAUGUAUAUUGCAUACACAUAAAGAAAUUUAAAGUAGAAGUUGUCAAUGUUAAACCAUCAUCUUACAUUCAUUUAAUGAAAUCAUGGAAUAGAAUAAAAACUAGCUCUUGACUUAAUAAUUAUAAUAUGGUAUUUAAAAUCAGGUCACUACAGUAGGAUUCUAAAUAUUGCCAAUUGAAAAGCCAGGAAUAUUAUAACUGUUGCAAAAACGUUGGCAAUAAUCGAUUCCAAUAGCAUUUUAAAUACUUGGAUCCCACAACUAUUUUAUAAACCCAAGUAAUAAAAUGGAUUUUCUAAUUCACUUUAAUUCUUUAUCUUUCUUCCCUAUGUCAUGGAAUAUAAGAAGUGUUUCAGUCACUGCAUUGGUAGAAUUAUUUCAGUGUUACUAUUUUGUUAUUUGAAAUGUCUACACAAAAUGAAUUGGUUUUAUUUAUACCGUGAUACAAUUGGUUGAGAAAUAUUUUUAAUUCUAUUUCAAUUUUAUUUCAAGGGUAGAAUACAAAAAUUACUUCUCUUAUUCUCCUCUGCCAGUAGAAAAAAAAUUAAAACAAUAGAUUCAUUGAGAAAGAGAUGUCAUAAAUGGUUAAGAUUAGUAAUAAUGCUUAUUGAGGGUGAUUAUGGCCACUUGAUCACCUCUUUUCUUUUAAUAUUUUAGCUAACUCUCCCAAAUCCUUAGAACAUAAAAUCAUAUUUUUCUGCCCAUCAUCAACCAAAAUAUUUUUUAUUUGACACUGAGCACCAACUGGUCAUACUAAUAAAUGCCCAUGUCAUGCAGAUAACUGGGAGGAUGAGGUACCUAAAAACAUACAACUGAUUGGGGGAAACAUGGCACAAGUAAGGAUAUCAUAUCCUAUGAUAUCUGUUUAUUUUAAUUUAAUUUCCUUUGAAUGGAUAGUUGGGGGCUCCAUUUCUAAGGAGAAUAGACAAAGAAAUAAAAUGAUCUUUGGCAUUUUA